GGCUGCCCGGGCCCCCCGCUUCCCUCCGGCCCUUCCAUCCGCCCGCCGCUCCCCGCCGUCCCCCGCCGCCCUCCUGCCCGUCCUGCUCCUGCUCCUGGCCGGCCCGCUCGGCGGGGCCCGCGCUUUGACAUGUCUGUGCUCUGACUGCAAACAAGCCAACUCCACGUGUGAGACGGACGGCGCCUGCAUGGUCUCAGUGUUCAACCUGGACGGUGUCAAACACCACGUUCGGACCUGCAUCCCUGAGGCAAAACUGAUUCCUGCUGGGAAACCCUUCUACUGUCUGAGUUCAGAGGAUCUGCGUAAUACUCACUGCUGCUACUCUGAUUUUUGUAACAAAAUUGAUUUAAUGGUUCCCAGUGGACACCUGAAAGACAACGAGCCCCCGUCGAGCUGGGGCCCGGUGGAGCUGGUGGCAGUGAUCGCCGGGCCCGUGUUCCUCGUGUUUGUCGUCAUGAUCAUCGUGGUCUUCGUGUUCCACCACCACCAACGGGUCUAUCACAACCGCCAGAGGCUGGACAUGGAGGAUCCUUCUUGUGAAAUGUGCCUUUCCAAGGACAAGACCUUGCAAGAUCUGGUCUAUGAUCUCUCCACCUCCGGCUCUGGCUCAGGCUUGCCUCUGUUUGUGCAGCGGACGGUGGCUCGGACCAUUGUCCUUCAGGAGAUCAUUGGCAAAGGCCGCUUUGGGGAGGUGUGGAGGGGCAGGUGGCGUGGGGGUGACGUGGCUGUGAAGAUCUUCUCGUCACGUGAGGAACGUUCCUGGUUCAGGGAGGCAGAGAUCUACCAAACAGUGAUGCUGAGGCACGAGAACAUCCUGGGAUUCAUUGCUGCAGAUAACAAAGAUAACGGGACAUGGACUCAGCUGUGGCUGGUCUCUGACUACCACGAGCACGGCUCUCUCUUCGAUUACCUGAACCGCUACACGGUCACCAUCGAGGGCAUGAUCAAGCUGGCCCUGUCUGCUGCCAGCGGGCUGGCCCACCUGCACAUGGAGAUUGUGGGCACUCAGGGAAAACCUGGGAUUGCUCACAGAGACCUGAAGUCCAAGAAUAUUUUGGUGAAGAAGAACGGCACGUGCGCCAUCGCUGACCUCGGCCUGGCCGUGCGGCACGACUCCGUCACCGACACCAUCGACAUCGCCCCCAACCAGAGGGUUGGAACCAAACGAUACAUGGCCCCAGAAGUCUUGGAUGAAACCAUCAACAUGAAACAUUUUGAUUCAUUUAAAUGUGCUGAUAUCUACGCCUUGGGCUUGGUCUACUGGGAGAUUGCCCGGAGGUGCAAUGCAGGAGGUAUCCAUGAGGAGUAUCAGCUUCCCUACUAUGACCUUGUACCCUCUGAUCCUUCCAUUGAGGAGAUGAGGAAGGUUGUGUGUGAUCAGAAAUUGCGGCCAAACAUCCCAAACUGGUGGCAGAGCUAUGAGGCACUACGGGUGAUGGGCAAGAUGAUGCGGGAGUGCUGGUACGCCAACGGAGCCGCUCGGCUCACUGCCCUCCGCAUCAAGAAAACCCUCUCCCAGCUCAGUGUCCAGGAAGAUGUGAAAAUUUAGGCUCUGAGCCUCAACAGGAGGAAACUGCACAGGAGCUGCUGUGCUAGAGUAGACAUGUGAUGGAGGCCUACCUCGUGUUUCAGCCCAACCUACUGCUACAACCAGACAGCGGGACCUGCAGGCUGCUAGGCAGGGGGACGGAGCCUACGGAACCGCUCUCUUCCCUGCUUGGGUAUGAAACAAUCCAAAACCUUUUUGUGAUCACCUCCUGAGAGCGUGGAGACUUGAAAGGGACUUCACCCGAGGGAUCUCAGCCAUGAUCCUAACUCUUUGUUCCUUGAAAGGAAAUCCCUGUAAAGUUGAGUGUGCGUUGAGCACCCGUUGAUGUGCUCGGUGCCGGGAGCGGGAAGGGAAAGGGAAGGUUUUUCUUGCCGUACUCUCGAGGAUUUUUCCAGGGACUGGCACGUUGAUGCAGAAAAAGCAAAACAAAUGGUGCUCUCUUCCAAGAGGCUGAGCCGGAACAGUUGAUCAGCUUCACAACAACCGUUCUCCCUCCUUUUCUUAAGCUUGAAAAAAUCCAACCGGGCUCCGCGCCGGGGCCGCCCCGGUGUGUGCAUGCGCGAGGCGCGCGUGUCCCCGUGCCUGGUCAUCUCCUCCAUAGCCGUGCGGUGUCUCUGCCUGUGGGUGGCUCAUCUCUGUCCGUGCUUCCUGUGCAUGUGCAAAUCUCGAGUGUCCCGUUUGUGAGCUGUUUGCUGGUGCUCUCCGUGCUGAGUCGUGAGCCUCGUGGAGCUUGGACAGGCUGCUGCAGAGCGGAUCCCCGGCUCCCCGAUGGGCGCCGCCACAACGUCCCAUCAGGUUGCCUCACUGCCACCCCCCCUUUCCCUUUUUUUUAAGAUGAAACAAAUAAGGAACUGAGAAUCACUCCUGGAAUCCAGGUUUUUUGGUCUUGAGCCCCUGGGGUUUGUAAUUCUUGGUAGAUGGGAGUGAGUUGUGUCAGAGGUGGAGCAGGCGCUGUUGGGGAAUGCAGGACUCAGUUCCCAACUCCAGCACCCAGGCAGAUUUCUGGGGACCUGGUGGUGCAGCAGGACAGAGUGGCUGGACAGUGGCCUGGCUGAACAUGAGCCAAGAGGUGGCCAAGAACAUGCCCAGGUGGCCAAGCAGGCCAAUGGCUCCUGGCCUGGAUCAGGAAUGGUGUGGCCAGCAGGAGCAGGGAGAUCUUCCUCUGUACUUUACAUUAGUGAGGCUGCACCCUUCCCUUUUUUUUAAGAUGAAACAAUUAAGGAACUGAGAAUCACUCCUGGAAUCCAGGGUUUUUUGGUCUUGAGCCCCUGGGGUUUGUAAUUCUGGGUAGAGGGGAGUGAGUUGUGUCAGAGGGGGAGCAAGUGCUGUGGGGGAAUGCAGGACUCAGUUCUCCUGGGAACACAAUUCCCAACACCCAGGGAGAUUUCUGGGGAUCUGAUAGUGCAGCAGGACAGAGUGGCUGCACAGUGGCCUGGCUGAACAUGAGCCAGAACAUGAGCCCAGGUGGCCCUGGAUUAGGAAUGGUGUGGCCAGCAGGACCAAGGAGACCAUUCUUCUUCUUCUGUACUUGGCACUGGUGAGGUCACAACUUUUCCUUUUUUUAAGAUGAAACAAAUGAGGAACUGAGAAUCACUCCUGGAAUCCAGGUUUUAUUGUCUUGAGCCCCUGGGGUUUGUAAUUCUUGAUAGAGGGGAGUUGAGUUGUGUCAGAGGGGGAACAGGCACUGUGGGGACUCAGUUCUCCUGGGAACACAAUUCCCAGUUCCAGCACCCAGACAGAUUUCUGGGGACCUGAUAGUGCAGCAGGAUGGAGUGAACAUGAGCCAGCAGCAUGCCCAGGUGGCCAAGCAGGCCAAAGGCUCCUGGCCUGGAUCAGGAAUGGUGUGGCCAGCAGGAGCAGGGACAUCAUUCUGUCCCUGUACUCGGCACUGCUGAGGUCACACCUCGAGUGCUGUGUCCAGUUCUGGCCCCUCAGUUUGGGAAGGAUGCAAAGGGGAGGACAAAGAGGCUGGAGAUGGGCUUGAACAACCCCUGUGAGGAGCCCUGAGGGAGUUUGGGGUGCUCAGCCUGGAGGAAAGGAGGCUCAGGGGUGAUUUUAUCCCUAAAGGUGGCUGUGCUCAGGUGGGGUUGGGCUCUGCUCCCACACAGAAGAGGGCACAGCCUUAAGCUGCUCCAGGGGAAGUUUUGGUUGGACAUCUGAAAAAAAUCCUUCACUGAAAGAGUGGUUGGGUGCUGGAAUCAUCAGCCCAGGGAGGUGCAGGAGUCCCUGAAUGUGUUUAAAAAUGGCACUCAUGGUUUAGCUGAUGAGGAGGUGUUGGGUUAGGGCAUAGGUUGGACUUGAUGAUCUCAAAGGUCUUUUCCAGCCUGGCUGAUUCUGUGAUCUGAGUUCUGGGGGUUCCUCCCAGCAGGUGUGGGUUGGGAAAUCAACAUCCAUCUUUUUAAUCUAGGUGUAUAAAUAUCUCCUAAUGUGGAAGUGGCUGUGUCUCAGUGUGGGGUGGGGGGAUCUGCAUGGGUUUUCUUUUGAUUCAAGGCCGAAUCCAGGUGGGGGAGAGGUGGGGUGACUACAGAGACUCUGGAAGUGACAAUUGUGGCUGCCCUGAUGACUUUGGCAGUCCAGAAAGAUCUGUGGUGUGGAGGUCAGGUCUGCAGUAGAGAACUCUGAAGCCAUAACUUUUAACUGGAGUGGUUUUGAUUAUUAUUUUUUUAAUUAUUAUUAUUGUUGUUAUUAUUAUUAUUGUUGUUGUUGUUGUUGUUUUCUGGGAGGGUCUGGAUUUUAACUUUUUUGAAUCUUGUUAAUUCUUUCUAAGAGCAGAAAAAACAAUCUCUAAUUAUUACCUCUUGACCUGUUGGUUUGUAAAGAAAUCACUGCAAAAAAAAAAAAAAAAAAACAACAAAAAAAAAAGGAAAAAAAACCAAAUGCACAGCUCGAUUUACACUGGAACUGUUUCUACUCUGACCUUGCUUCUGCUCUCAAAGGUGAGGUUUCAUCUCUGCUCUGGCUGCCAGGGUUGUCUUUAUUUCAGUCCCUGUGUUCUUGCUGUCUGUCCCUGUCCGUGUGUCCCUCUCCCCGAUUCCCUGUGUGUCCAUGACCUUGUACAGAGUGAGCAGUGUGGGUUGGGUGGGUUUGGAAUCAUUUUAGGAGCUGGUUUGCACCCCCCAAAGGAGUUUUUGGCAGCGUGAAUCUGCCCUGGGAGCAGAACUGGGGUUCCCCUGUGUCCCCCCCAGCUUGUCCUGAGUCACAUCUCAGCCAGAGCUUCCCAUGCACAUCCCUUAAACUUAAACCUGCAUUUAGGACCAAGGGGGCCCUUGCAAAACCUAAAUGUCAGUUUAGCCCAGUUAAACCUGGACUUGGAAGCCAAGGGGGUCACUUGCAAGUGCUCAAUGCAGGUUUAGCCCAGUUAAACCUGCAUUGGAAGCCCUAGAUGUCAGUUUAACCCAUCUAAACCUGGAUUUAGAAGCCAAGGGGGUCACUUGCAAGCCCCAAAUGCAAGUUUAACUCAUUUAAACCUGCAUUGGAAGCCCUAAAUAUCAGUUUAACCCAUUUAAACCUGCAUUGGAAGCCCUAAAUGUCAGUUUAACCCAUCUAAAGCUGGAUUUAGAAGCCAAGGGGGUCACUUGCAAGCCCUCAAUGCAGGUUUAACUCAUUUAAACCUGGACUUGGAAGCCCUAAGUGUCAGUUUAACCCAUCUAAAGCUGGAUUUAGAAGCCAAGGGGGUCACUUGCAAGCCCUCAAUGCAGGUUUAACUCAUUUAAACCUGGACUUGGAAGCCCUAAAUAUCAGUUUAACCCAUCUAAAGCUGGAUUUAGAAGCCAAGGGUAUCACUUGCAAGCCCUCAAUGCAGGUUUAGCCCAGUUAAACCUGCACUGGAAGCCCUAAAUGUCAGUUUAACCCAUCUAAAGCUGGACUUAGAAGCCAAGGGAAUCCCUUGCAAGCCCAAAACUCAGUUAAACCUCAGUUUAACCCAUGUAAAGCUGGAUUUAGAAGCCGAGGGGUCCCUGCAGGCUGCUGGAACAGGCCCGGGGCUGGGAGCUGGGGCAGGCAGGAGGGGCCAGGGCACAGCUCAAGCUCCCCUUGGCUCCCCCAUCCCUUUUCCCACAGCUCUGAAACUCGCACUGAACUCGCCCCCUCCAACUGUAGCCACACUGCACCUGCCUCAGCUCCAAACCAAGCAGGGGAAAAGACGAGGUGAGGAGGGAAACAUCCCUCCCAGCAGGAUUUUAGGGCUGAAAUCUUCAGGAGAGAUGGGGAAAAGCCAGCGGGGAAGGAGCUAACGCUGACCAUGUAGCAUUUACACAGCACUUUUCUCAUGCAAAAUCGGUGCCCGGGGGCGCCAGUGCUCGCAGAGCUGUCGGGAUUUGCUGCUUUGCCUCCCAAAAAGUUGCAGCAGCUCUGGGGAGGGGGGGAAAAAAAGGAGAAAAAUCUGCAUUUUAUGUAGGAUAAGGAAAGGGGGGUCCAUCAGCGGUACGUGGCUGCAGGACAGGACUCUUGGUACUUCUCUGCCCCUUUUUUUGAUUUGUUUGGUUUUGUACAUUUUUUUUUUCUUAGCAAAGGACUGUAAGAAAAUAGCCACUUAGCCACUUUACCUCUUCAGUAUGCAAAAUGUACAUACGGUGUAAGAUAGGAAAUCUUUUGUUUAAUAUAAAAAAAAAAACAGGCUGUCGAUUUCUGCUGUACAUUAUUAAAAGUUUGUUUUAUUCAUG